ACGGAUCAAAUCCGGUUUUUUUAGUGACUACUUGGACGGAGUUGGCGCGGCGUGCGGCAGAAUUCAUCUAGCAAAGAGAACCUUCACGAGGCCAAUCAUCCUACAGCCGUACUUAACACCACUCAUAAAGCUGUACCGCCCCUCCGUAUGCCCCCGCCCACCGCCGGCGGGAUCAACGAGCCGCAGGAGUGUCCGUACUGCCGCCGGACCUUCUCCUGCUACUACUCCCUGAAGCGACACUUCCAAGACAAGCACGAGCAGUCGGACACGCUGUACGUGUGCGAGUUCUGCCACCGGAGGUACCGCACCAAGAACUCGCUGACCACGCACAAGAGCCUGCAGCACCGCGGCUCCAGCGGCAUGCUCAAGCGCCUGCUCAAGACGUCGGCGCUGCACGGCGCGCUGCAGCCCGCGCCGCACCACCUCUUCGACCUGGGCGAGCACGCGCCGCAGCUGCCGCCGGGCCUGCAAUGACCGCAGCCCACGGCGUGAACCGGCCCGCGCGCGCCCGCCGCCUCGCGGUAGGGGAGCGACAUGUGCAAUAUACGGACGAUGCCAAAACGAUGCAGGACUCUGCCGCAUUUCUAAUGGUUAAUUGUGUAUUAUAAUGGUAGUAAAAUAUUGACGUUAGUUUUAAAAAUGAACAGUAUUGUCGCACGCGACUCGUAGGAGUCGUCUAGUGUUACGCUUCGAGGAUCGGACUUCGCUUUGUGACCCCCACGAAGUUUGCAAGAGUUUAGUAGAAAUGGUCAAACAGUGUUCAAUACGACAAUGUAAUUCAGAGCAAUACUAAAGUAUUAAUAUGUCUAGUACUGCCAAAAUAAUGCCAACUGUAUUCUAAAGAGAUUGCAUUUUUUUGAAUCACUUUUCGAUAAAUGUCUAGUGUCAAAUUAGAUUCGGUAACUGUACAAAGAGAAACGUACAAAUUUUAAACAGUAAAUAUUAAAAUAAAGAAAAUAUUUUUUAAAGAAACUUUUUCGGAUCGCCAAAUCUAAAUUUAAAUACAGAUUAUUUAGGAGUUAAUUACCAAAAUUUUUAGAUAAAAGAGAGAAAAAAAUGUUAAUGUUGAUUAAAAUAAAAGACUACUGAGAAUCUGAUUUCGAAAGUACAAAGGUGUUAACGUCUUAUUGAACAAUAUAUUGUAUUCUACGUGCGUUUUGGCUUCAAAUAAUAACAUUUUUUGAUCAAUGUAUAAGUAGCCGUGCCUUCGUUCGUCUUCAUGCGAUUUUAAAAGGUUUGAGGGAUAUUCCGAACUGACAAAGAAUGUGCAGAUGGCUGCCGAACGAAUCGUGACGGUAGGAGCGCGAGGAAUGCUACGGGGCUGACCUCGAAUACAGGGUUACAGGGAGGGAGACGCGAGGGCGAUGAGGCGCAGGAGAGUCGAAAACUGAGGGUCUUCGAAAAGCAGUUCUCUGUUCGACGAUCGUAUACGUGCAUGAUUUCAAAUCGUGAGACAAAAAUCGUUUCGUCUGUAUAAAUUACGUAGUUAUUAGGUAUUCACUAACAUAAUUAUAUUUAAUCUGUAUCCAUUUUCGGAUUCUCUCUAUGAGUGUAUAGUGGUUUCUUAUUUAAAUGUCGACCAACGUAGCGGACGUCUCGUUAUUGAAAAUUUAUUAGAUUAUUAUUAUAUUCUCAAAAUUCUUAAAAGUCUUAAGAUCGACCAUAAGAUGGCUGCAGAUGUAAAAAUAUAUUAUUUAUAUUAUAGGAAAUUGCUUGGGAACCGCAUUUGGCUAAAAUUGCGACGUACAUAUCUUUUCAGGGUGAAAUCGACGAAUUCAUUUCGAUAUAAUAGCGAAUCUGCAUUUACACAUAUAAGUAUAAACCCUACAUAUCACAUAUAUCUAUAAACGAAUAAAGAUACAGAAAUGAAAGUAUUUCUACGCAGUGAUAUUUCACAAGCCAAAGAAAAUAAAAUGGGGAUAAUUUCUGCCAAUAUGCAUUUAUUUCGAGUAGAAUAAAAACAUUCUGAAAAAUGAUUAUUAUUGAUUAAAUUGAACUGUGCCAUAUCUUAUCAAAAUCAUUGAAAAAUAUUAUAUUGUACGUAAUUUAAAUAAAAUAUACUAUAAAUUCAUAUCGUACGUUAAAACAGAUAAAAAUACGAACACGAAAUCAAUGCAAAAUUAGCCGCACAUUUUUGUUAAUGCAAUUUAUUUUAAAUUAAUUAAUUAAUUUCGCAUUUAUUUUUCCAAUGUUAAGCUUAGGUAUAUUCAAGUAGGUUUUUUAUUUUAUUUUUCGGAAUGUUACAUAUUCUUGCUUUGUGAUAUGAGUUUUAAUGGUUAUUUGGUAUAAUUCCAAAUAUAUUAUAAGUUUUUAUAUUCAGCUUAAAUUAAUUUGUGAAACAAAUUAUUUUCUUCUGAGUUUUGGAGCAUUUUUUGCUUUUAAACGUGGUUAUCCCCGGUAACGCGCGUACCUCCAUGUUUGUAAUACCUCACAUAUUUUGUUUUUUAUAUAUUAAUUUUUAUUUGAAUGUUAAUUAAAGAAACUGGCUGUAAAUUCCGAAAGUAAGAAACGAAUUCGGUUCGGAAACGUGAAUCGUCAUAGUAUCACCUUAGGGAGCUUAGAAGAAAAAAAGCAAGCGGGUAGUUUGAAUUGUAAAUAUGUUAUAAAUUAGCGAUUAAUACAUAAUUGAAGGAUCGUGGCAUCAUUUGGGAAUAAAGCCUCGUGAUAUUAUUAACUAAAUAGUAAAUAGAUAAAAUCAUUAUUGGAAAGGAUUUUUAUAUAUAUUCUACUAAUGGAUUUAUUAAUAGUGAAACUUAGGACUUAGUCUUUCUAUAAUGUUUUUAUUAGUGUUUGCCUUUAUUGUUUUCGCUGUGCAAUUACUUAUUUCAUUGGUUCGGCCGUUCGAAAGCUUGUUGUUGACUGCUUUGUUAAAAAAUAAAAGUUUGGAUUGUUUUCCCACCAAUUGUAUUCGUAAAAAUAUUUUGUAAUUCUAAAUUUUUGAUCUCAGUAGACAGCUGCGGACUAAAUCAUCUCGAGGACAGCCGUUGGUGAUUGUUAUUAGGCAUAAGCUCUUUGGCGUUAAGUUUGCAAGUGUCGGCAAAAAGUGUUACAAUGUAAUCGCAGCGGUAAAAUUUCAAAAAAGAAUCCCAUCAAAUUUAACAGAAUGUAACAGCGAAACAAGAAAAAAACAUUUAUAAUUUUUGCAAUGUAUACCAAAAUACUGCAUUUCUAAAUAGUAAGAUUAUUAAGUGAGAAAACUUUUUUUUUAUAAAUUAUUCAUCGUCUUGAUUUAACUAACUGUACGUAUAAUUCAUUUCGCUUCAUAGCCAGAUAAUUUAUUUUAAGUUUACUAAUGAAAUACGUUAAAUAAACAGACUGUGUUACUAAGGUAGGUAAUGCACAAAAUAAUCAACAACGGGAUGCCUUCGUAACAGUACAACUAUUACAAUAGCCUACAAUAAGUAAAUAUUAUAAGAUACUACGAAUAAAUUGCAAUAUGUAAACGAAAUCUGCCGUUGAAGACCGAUUUAAAAAAUACUGGCAUGCACACAUGCUAGCACUAUUUUAUUUUAGAGAUGCUGAAUUUAUUCUAAUGUCGCAGCUUCAAAUGUUCGUUCGUUUCGGUUUUCAUAUUGUAAUUUAGACAGUUUUACUUUGUUUGCAAAACCUGUCCAAUGUUACUGCCAAUAGAAUUCUUAAUACGAAUCAUCGAUGUUAGGCACGAUCAAAACUUAUCAAAAAAAAAAUUGAUUCAGAUUUUUUACAACAAUCAGUAGCCAUAAGAAAAUUAGUAUCGGCUAAUUGUAAAUACAUUAUCACGUAAUUUAAGAUGGAAUUUACAAUAUACGGUAAACAUAAAAUUAACACGGUUCACAAAUCGGAUUCACAAAACAAUCUUGCUUUUUAAAUCUAAGUAUUACCUCCAAUAAUAUUAAGUAUUAUCUUUGAUAAAUCUUUUAAUUUUUAUUCUUAAUAUAGCCAGAAAGCUCUCUGUGUAAAACUACUUGAAACAUUUAUGAGAUCCGAUAAUAUUCGUGCAGAUAGUAUUGCUCAAUUUGCUAUAAGCUACACUUAUUAACUAACAAAUAGAUAUACUUACAUAGUUACGCCAUUAUUAGAUUCUUUGCCGAAUAUAUUGGUCGCCAAUUUAUGCCGGACCACAUAUUUUUUACAUUUGCAAAGAUGUCGUAUAUGUGCUGCGAUCGACUCAAUCGGAGCAAUAUAUAAUCGCAUAGUGUGAAAAUGUAAACACUUCAACUAAUGAACCAAAGAACCGUGUUUCUGGUAGCUAAUAGCUAUAUCGGGACGCCUAAUGUUUGCAAGAUUUUUCUACGCUCAGUAUUUAUUUAGGAUCCUACAUCAAAACCCUUUUUUAAUAAAUUAUCUGUGUAUACUAUAUAUACAACUUGUAUACAGAUAAUAAUAGAUAACAAAUAUUGCAGAAAAUCUGGAAGAAGCAUAAGCGUACAAGUAGAUCUACACUAGAGAGUCUUGGGUUUACUUUAAACAGGAUGAGUCAAUAAACGUGAUCAUUUAUAUUUAUAAAUACAAUAAUUAUAGAUAUUGUAAAACUAAACUAUAACAGUUGUUACAUAGUUAUUUCCAUACAUACAUUAUUUUUGUUAUCCAUAUCCAUAUUUAAAAUGCAAUAGUUUAUCGAUCGGUGAUUUAAUUUUGGGGAGACGUUCCCGAAAAUUAAGUCAUCGAUCCCACCAGAUCACAAUAGUUAAUUAUUUAAAAUAAUUUUAGAUUUGCUCGACCGGGGACGCGAAAGCCGUUUAUUGAGAAUAAAUCGACACCAUCUAAAAUCUAGCCUAAGAUACAUUCGCAUCGACUUAUAGUUCGAAGUUAUGCCAUCGACUGGGUAACUUGUUUUCUUUGGACAAUACUUUUUAUUCUAGUUAUUUUUAUACAGAUUUUUCGAGAACAAGCAGUGAUGUUAGUCAUAUCACGGGGUUGUUCGUUGUUGUUUUUGACUCGAUAAAUAAGUCGUUGGUGUUUCUAUCUGUAGUCGAAUGAAAGUGAGCAUUUACAGUUAAGUCGUUAUAUUCUUAAGUCAAUAGCUUUAAAUAUACAGUAUCUUCCACUUUAAUAUAAUUAUUAUAAAUACAGUUAUAGCAAUAGUUCCCAAUCUGCCAUAGUACCUCAGUAAUUUUACACAUAUAUCUUAUCAAUAAGUAACGCGAUCGAUAGCAGAUUAUUAGCAGACUAGAAAAAGGACAUCAUUCACUAUGCAAAAACCUCUUCUCUCUAAAUUAAAAUCCUUUUAAUUUUACAAUAUUGGCUACAUUAACAUCAUAACAACAUUAGAAUCCAUUAUAAAAACUCAAUGCUUUGUCCUCAUAAAUACCUACCCUAAUUACUUACGUAUUUUGCAAAACUGUUCCUAUACUUAGCGGUUUUAUACUGAUAGAGGACUUUAUAUUUAAAGAUUUAUAGAUGUAAAUAUAAGGAAGUAGUCGGGUGCUAAACACCAAAGCCACCAAUCCCCAACAUAAUCUGCUGAUCCCUUUAACUACCUAUAGAUACAAUCAUAGUUCCGUAAUUCAAAGUGCACUUAUGUCUUUUAUAUAAAAAUAAGAAGUAUUAUAUUAGUAGUUCAUUCUGCGCCUCCCCGUCGAGCAAUGAUCGUUGAAUACCCGUCUUUGCAGUAACUAUAUAAAAAGUAUUUACAAUAUACCCACUUAUGACAUAUAUUGCUAGAUGUAACUUUUAUCUACAGAAAUAAUGGUAAGGCAGGAGUGUAGUUGCGCUAAAAAUUCGGCUUGUGCGCAAACUUUCUUUCUUUUUCGUUUACGCCUUGUAAUCUGAAGGCUAUUAGUAUUUAUUAAGAUGAAUAUUCAUUAUUGAAUCUUAUGGACUUAAUUUAAUAUUUUCUACCCUAUGUAUACUAUGGUGGAAAAUGCAUUGUUAUGAAGACGCUCUGGUCGAGUUUUUAUCAGAAUUGCACGACUGUUACUUGUUAUGCUUGGGUGACACAUUUUAUAAACAGAAAUAUUUUUUUAAGAAAAUCAAUUUAUAUGUCAAUGUUAAUUAAGUGGCAAUUCUAAUUUUAACUGCACUAUAUUUUUGCUGACACGAUUAGGUUUAGAUUUUCUUUUUUCGUAAUUUAAUGUAAUGCACGAUCUGCGUUUUUAUUAGUAUCAACUUUUCUUUUUUUUUAAGAGUUUCUUGUCUUAAGUAAUGCGUACCCUGGAUUCUUUGUGGAGAUAUACACAUUUUAUUAAUUUAUUUUAUUUUUUACUGAGCACACGCUGUAAUGCAGUGAAUGUGGCAUUUACGGCCGUUCAAUAUGCCUAAAUAUUGUGUUACUAUUGUAAAAGUUAUAGUUUGCCAUCGUUGAUCAAAGAGGAAAAAUAUGUUUUUACAUACCUUUAGUUAGUGAGUUUUGUUAUACUUUUCAUGUUCGGAAAGUUGGGAGGGAUGUACAAAAAUGUUUCAUAGUAUUGUGUAUCACUCAAUAAGGUAAUAGAUGUGGGACCGAAGUAAGCGGCCCCAUAGAGAGUUAGGGAUCCUCUUGAAAUUGUUGUAAGCUGAACAUCUUCAGUCAAGACACUUAAAGUACUUGUUGUAGAUUGUAUGAGAGUGGAGUUAGGCUGACCACACAUUGGAUACUAUCACUUGAGCUAUGUUUCUGAAACGACCAACAUGAUCAAUUUUUAGAAGCUCAAGCGUCCAUCUAAUUGCUCCAGCUAUUCGCGUUUGUGUAUAGCAGCCAAUUAAAGGUCAGCCUGAAUGAAAUGAGAUUAUUCAAUGGACACUUAAAUUGUAAAACAUUGUGACAUUGAGAACAAAUAUUAUUGUUGUAGGUACUAACAUACUUAAAAAUUAAUCCCAAGAAAAGAAUAUGAUUAAAUUACUUAAAACAUUAUAAACAUAGAUAGCUACUUACCCCUUUAAAUGUUACUUAUUAUCCGGUUUUUUAAGUAUGUAUCUCUAAAUUAUGAAAACAAAUAUUACCCAUUCAAUUUGUUUUUAUAAUGUAAAGAAAUAGAAGAUAUAUUUCAUUUUGUGAUUUCAAACAGAAAUCUCAAUUCACAUUGUAUAUUGGUUUCAAAACACAAAAUUAAUUUUUAACAAAAUAUAACUUUGUCGACUUUGUUCCUGAGUAUCAAAUUUUAGCGCCAACUUCAAAAUUGACAACAUGGCAUUCGUUUAGGAAUUUCUUAUUCAUAAACAAUACCUAUGAUACAAACGGGUGGGGUAACUUUGUUUUUCAUGUUAUUUUGACAGUGUUACUUUAAAAAGGAGUAGCUCAAUUUUUCUGGAAUACUUUUAAAAAUAACACUUUUAACUUAUUUAGAAUAAUUUGGUAUCAAUAAAGGGAUUUGUCGUUAAUGCAAUAUACCUACAGAAAAAACUAUGAAAUCCCAUUCUCUAAAACAAUUGCUACGUUUAUUGUGAAAUUCACAUUGAAAAGUAGUUGCCUAUUCAGCGUACCAAUUUUUUACUAUUUCUUUGUCCAUUGAAUGGGGGUGUCUUAACUUGUUUUGAUGUUGUUGAUAAAUGUGAUUAAGGAAUCAAACGGGCUGCGUAGUCAGAACAUAUCAAAGUCGGAAAACCUAGUACUCUAAGUAUCUUUGAAUCUGACAAUCACGAAUAAUUCUUUUAUUGGGUUGUACUAGACGGUCCUUUCUGUUUUGUACGAAAUCUGCAUUUUGAAUUAUAAUGGGAAAUAUAACAGUUGGAUGUAAUGAAAAUAUAAAAUUUAAUAAACUCGCAGUGAUUCCAUUGA